AAAUGAUAGAAGAGGUCUUCAGAGAUAAGACAGUUCUGGUCACAGGAACAACAGGAUUCCUUGGCAAGGUUGUGCUUGAGAAAAUAAUGUUUUCGGUCAGGAACUUCAAGAAGAUGUACCUUCUCAUCCGUCCAAAGAAGGACGCUUUGCCAAUCGAGAGGUUAGAGAAGGAUAUUCUUAGUUCAGAGUGAUUCAAGCGAUGCCAAGAGAACAUUCCCUUUUAUGACGAAUACAUACAGGACAAAAUUGUACCGGUUGAAGGAAAUAUGGAAGAGCCUAACCUGGGCCUUAGCCCUGAGAACUAUGCCCUUUUGACAAGCGAGAUUGAAAUUGUUAUCAAUAAUGCAGCUUCGGUAGAUUUUAAUUUGAGAGUCGAUCUCAAUAUGAGAAUCAAUGCUGUUGGGCCAAUGAAUAUUCUCAAGUUUUCCAAAGCCUGUGAAAAGCUGAUAGUUCUCACUCAUGUAUCUACUGCUUACGUAGCAAGCAAUCAACCUGAUGGAUUCAUUGAAGAGAAAAUUGAAGAUGAUCAUAGCCUAGAUUUAGACAUGUUCGUAGAAUCAUUAAUAAACAUGCCAGUUGAGGAAGUAGAAUUAAAACAAAAAGACAUAGUAGGGAGGUUCCCAAAUACUUAUACAUUUACUAAAUAAUAUCGGUGAGAAAUUACUCAAGAAGCACAGAGGUGACAUCCCUCUUGUCAUCAUCCGUCCUUCGAUCAUCGGAGCAGCUGUUUCUGAGCCCUUUCCUGGCUGGGUCGACUCCAUCUCGGCUGCUACUGCAGUGUACCUCACUGGGUGUUUGGGACUUCUCAAAGACUUGAAAGGCAAUGUCGACAACAUCGGAGACCAGGUCCCUGUGGACUAUUGCUCGCACUUGAUCAUUGCAGCCACGGCUAAAGCUGCCUAUCAGAAUGGCCUGUUUAUCUACCACUCAGCUUCGAGCAGCAGAAACCCGAUCACAUGGAUUCAGACCAUCAGGUACUUCUGGCUGUAUGUGGGUCGGAACCGGUUCGAACGAAGGCUCUCCGAUCCAUCCUUUGCAAUGUACUCCAAUGAUAACUUGUACCGAGCAGUGUUUUACUUGAAGCGUGAACUCCCAGCCAAGGGCUUCAACUACUUAGCCAGAAUGAUCGGAAACAAGAAAAUGAUCAAGGAUUCCGAGCGACUCAGCAAAGCAGUAGAUCAGUGCAAGAAGCUCGGAGGCUUCUUCGGUCACUUCACAUCGAACGAGUGGAUCUAUGACACCUACAACAUGUUUGAGCUGAAGGGGGCUCUUAGCGAUGAAGACAACAUGACCUACAGAAUUGAUGUAGCCGAAGUUGACUGGAAGACCUAUUUUCAAUGUUUCGCAUACGGAAUCAUGAAGUACUUGCUGAAGGAAGAAGCUGAGCCACCAUUCGGAGACCGCUCCAACAUCAUCAACCGAUACCCAAGAACAUUCGCAGACUUGUCAUGGGUGUACUAUCACGGCACAAAGCAGAACACACACAGCCAUGAAUACAUUUGUAAGGUGGUUUUGAACAGCGAGAAAGUGAGGAUGACCAUCAGAGAAAUUGUUAGAAAAGAAUUAGUAGCAUCCAGUAUUAGCGAAACCAAAAUUCUGAAGGCCCAACAUACAAGAAGUAGAGAAAUUCUCGACAGAAUGGCUGCUAAAAUGAACCACAACAAAAUGAGGAUGCUUGGUUACAUCCUCCAUAAAGCCUAUAAGAGCAUGUAUGAGAAAAUUGUAAUCAACCAAGGUGCCAUCGAAGAGCUUAAGAGGCUAAACCUCGAGAAGGACACAAAUGUGGUCUACUGUCCUACACACAGAUCUUACAUGGACUUCUUGAUUUUGACAUAUGUCUUGUAUGGGUAUGAAAUUAAAGUUCCUCAUAUUUGUGCGGGUGAAGACUUUUUGAAUAUCGCAAUUGUGAACACAUUUCUGUCUAAUUCAGGAGCUUUUUAUAUGAAAAGAAGUUUCAAAGGAGACCCCUUGUACAAAUCCAUUUUCAACGAGUACGUCCAUUACCUAGCUUCAGAAGGACGCUCACUGGAAUUCUUCCUCGAAGGAACUAGAGCAAGAGGAGGAAAGAUGCUCAAGCCAAGGUAUGGAUUUUUGAAAAUUUUGACUGAUGCCUACUUCCAAAAGAAAACAGAGAAUCUGUAUUUUGUUCCUGUCACUGUUAAUUACUCGAGAGUUUUGGAAGGUGAAACCUUCCCUCUAGAAUUACUGGGUGAGUCAAAGGUCAAGGAAUCAUUAUCGAGAAUCUUGAACACAGUCAGAUUUAUCAAAAUGGAUUUCGGUUCAAUUUAUGUUGAAUUCACUAAGCCAAUCAGCUUCAAAUCUUAUGUCCAGCAGCAAAUGGUUGAAGCUGGAAUUAAUCCUCAAAUUAACAUGGAGGACAGAAAGCUAGUUACGAGUAGUCUAGCUUGGCAGAUAAUCAACACUCUCACUGAUAACUUGCUAAUCAUGCCAACUUCAAUUUGUGCCUCUAUCCUUCUGAUGCACAGGAAAGGUAUCAGCGAUGAUGAACUAACUAAACAAGUUGGAUAUUUAAUCAAGGAACUGAAAACCAGAAAUGCACACUUGCCUUCUUUCUGCCAAGAGGCUACCAAUUGUGUCAAAAAGGGUACUUUCCACCUGAAUGAGACAGUCAAUAAGAAGAAGGACAUCUUUGAGCCAAGAGUUGUCCCAAAGGUAGAUUACAAGAAUAUCCUCCUGCUUGCGUAUUAUAGGAACAACCUUGUGCACCUCUUCAUCAGUGAAGCUAUCAUCAGUUGCUCCAUGUUCGGCUUCGGGCACCACCAAGCUUGGCAGAAAGGUGUCACUAAGGAGGAACUGUGGGAAAAAGUCCUGUUCAUAAGCAACUUGUUGAGAAAUGAAUUUGUCCUGACUACAAACUUCAAAACAGUAGAAGAUUACGAAGAGAUUUUGAGAUUUAUGAGUGCAAAUAAAACUAUUUGCGAAAACGAAGAUGGACUGAUAGUGCUACACUCAGAAGCAGAAAACCACAUCAACUACUUGAACUCCUUGAUCUGGCCAUUUAUUGACACUUAUUGGGUCACCUUCACGUUCGUAUUCUCACUUGUACCUUCAAAGUUUAUCAGAGAGAGUGAGAUGAUGGAGAAGGUGCAGUGGUUCGCAGAAACCUUGUAUGAAGACCAGAUUAUCAACUUCUAUGAAUCCUGUAGCCAGGAAGUAAUCAAGAAUGCUAUAGGCACUUACUUCGAAGACGGUAUUAUUAUCAAACAAAAACUUGAGACAAUCACAGACGGAGUGAAGGACCCCACCGUCUACACAUUGGGAGACGAGUUCAAUGACGAGGACCGUAUGCAAACCUUCUUGAACAAGCUCUCACACUUUAGAAAGGCCACAUUGGUUAAGAUGGGUAACAUGACCAAUAUCAGGAAGACUCUGCUAUCAGAUUUUCCAUUUAUGGCCAAAAUGUAAUUAGGGCGAUGAAUUAGGUUCAAUUCUUA